AUGACAGUUAUGGAUGACGAAAAGCUUCCAAAGACCAUUGAGGAUGGGACCAGCUCCCAUCUCGAGCGUCCGCUGGAAAUUGAUCCAGCCAUCGAGAAGAGGAUCGUGCGUAAGAUAGACUUGAGACUGAUGCCUUUUACCGUCUGGAUCUAUCUCCUAUGCUACAUGGACAGGUCCAAUAUCGGCAAUGCCAAGAUCUUGAAUGCCGAUGCGGGCCACGACUUGCUGGAUUCAACUCAUAUGACGACUAAAGAGUACACCAUUGCCCUCAUGGUCUUUCUAGUGGCAUAUUCCAUCUUUGAGGCACCAAGCAAUCUUGCAGCCAAGGCUUUGCAACCCAAUUAUUGGCUAGGCUUCUUGGUCAUUGGUUUCGGAGCCUUCUGCACAGCCAUAGCCGGGGCGAAUAGCUUCGCCAGCACAUCGGCCCUACGAUUCUUUCUCGGUGCCUUUGAGGCGGAGGAGCGAGCAACUCGGAUUGCAUUGUUUCUUUGCAGCGCUACUUUGGCUGGCGCAUUUGGCGGGGCUAUUGCAUUCGGCGUUGGACAUAUGGACGGCAGAUUGGGCCUGGAGGGCUGGCGAUGGUUGUUCAUCGUUGAGGGUGUUCCAUCCAUUGUCCUAGGAAUCUUGACUUUUUUGUUCAUGCCAAGCUAUCCGGAAAAGGCUGGCUGGCUUACUGAAGAAGAAAAGGCCAUCCAAGUAGCCCGCCUCGGCGUCAAUUCAUCUCACGGAGAGGCAAAACUCAACUGGGAGGAUGCAAAGGCCACCCUCAAGGAUGUUAGGCUAUACGUGCACUACAUCACGUACAUGUGCAUCGGCGUCGGUGUCUCAUCGCUGUCACUCUUUGCCCCUACCAUUGUUUCGGGUCUUGGCUACAAGAAUCUCCAGGCCCAGCUUUUUACGAUUCCUCCUUAUGCCGUUGCUUACGUCGUUACUCUUGUCUUGGCCAUGAUAUCCGACCACAAGAAAACGAGGGGUCUUGUAGCUGGCGGAUGUUUUCUCUUUGGCACUAUUGCCUUUAUCAUUCAAGCCUGUUUGCCUGGCAAGCUAUACGCUGCCCGCUAUGCAAUGCUUUGCAUCAGCACCGCUGGCGUCUUUGCUGGUCUUCCUCCGUUGUGCGCAUGGAUCUCAGACAAUGUGCGUACCACAACGGCGGGAUCCCUAGCCACGGGACUCAACAUUGCCUUUACGGGGCCAGGCCAAAUCAUAGGCGUCUGGAUCUAUCGCGCACAGGAUGCGCCAUUCUAUCGCCUGGGCCAUGGAAUCAAUGCUGGGUUCCUCGCUGUGGGGACGGUUCUGAGCUUUUCUUUGUGGUGGCAUUACACGCGGCUGAACAAGAAGCUGGUGGGCACUAAUGAACCCAGAUGGAUUGCGUAG